CUUCUCUCCCUUUCUUUUUCUUAUCUCUUCUGUUUAUCUCCAAAAGUUUCCUAUUUGUCACAGUUUUUUUUUUUUCGCUAGAUAAUGUCGUCUGGUCUAUCAAAUGAUACCAGUGUAGCCACAUCAUCCACAACAGAGAAUGGUGUAUCAGCAGUGUUAAUCAUCACGUUCGAAGUGAGCUUCUCUGUUGCGAUCUUUAUGAUUAUUACAGCGUGUUAUUUUAUAGGACGCCAUCGUCGAAAACGGCAAAAUAUGGCUAGAUUGCAAGAACAUGAUACGAUGAUGGAACGAGCUCUAGCUAGACAACAACUUCAUUCUAUUAAUCCAAGUUCUUGUUCCACCAUCGAAACUUAUCACAAUCAUCCACCUCCUUAUUUGCCACCUCCCACGGAUCCCACAUCUCAAUUAUCUGAGCGAGAUGUUGCACAACUAUCACAGGCCAUGUUGAAUCAUCAUCUCCGAUCACAUAUGUUUUCUUCUUCUCCUCCUCCUCCUCCUCAUUAUACCGACCUGAUGGGAAAAGAAAAUACGUUCAAUGAACAAUUUGUAUCAUCAUCAUCAUCAUCUAACGUGGUUCAAUCUGUACCACCUGCUGUCACACGAUCCUUGACCCAUUCUUUUCCUUCUUCCGCCAACGAAACUAUCUCUACCCCACCAUCAUAGUGAUCUACUCAUAAAUAUGUUUUUUUUUAUUUAUUUAUUUAUUCU